AUGAAUAUUUUAAACUGUCCAAUAAUUUCCAUUGAUAUCCGAAUUUGUCGCUUCUGGUCGUACCUGCUGAAGCACGACUUCAUGCGCUACGUCGGUACCAUCCCGGCGGGUCUGCUGAUAGUGUUUAUGUUUGCUGAUCUAUACCACAGUGAGAACGACUUCGAGGACUUCAUAAUAAAUGCCUUUUUUUCUUUACUGCUGUGCAAUACGCUGGCAAUUGAAGAUGAUGUAGUGCAGAAAGUGUUGAUGAGCUUCACCCAGCGUGCGAGAGUUCUAUGUUACAGUAAUGUUGCUCUGGGAUUCAUCGUUGCUUUUUGUUUCUCCAGUUAUCCACUAUUCUCCAGUAGUCGCCGAAUGCUGUUUAGUUUGUACAUCCCAGGAAUAGAUGUUUCAAAUUCGCCUCAGUAUGAGAUAAUAUGCAUUUUGCAAGCUUUGUGGUUAAUUCCUGCCUGCGGCAUGUAUCUUCCUUUUACGAAUUUCUUCAUCUCGGCCACUCUGUUUGGAGUGAUUCAGAUCAAAACUUUACAACAUCAGUUGAUGUCACUAAAGACCACGUUGAAGGGAAUGGACAUGGACGGUCUGAACUCCAUCGUGAAUAAGUGCAUCGAAGAUCAUCUUCGGAUUAAGAACUAUGUGUAUGAAUUCAAUUCUUUAACCGAAAAUCAAAGCCGGUUUUUGUUCAUCAUUCCUUACUUAGUUGCCAUUGUACUGCAAGUGUUCGCUUUCUACUGGCAUGCGAAUGAAGUUAGUGAACACAGUCUUGGGAUUGCUAAAGCUGUUUACAAUGGACCGUGGAUCGAUGUGGAUAAUUCAGUAAAGAAAAAGCUUCUACUAAUCAGCCUCAGUGCCCAGCGUCCAUUGGAGAUAACACUGGGAAACGUUUUCCCGAUGACGUUGGAAAUGUUUCAAUCCUUGCUCAAAGCAUCGUAUUCUUAUUGUACUAUACUAAGGCGUCUAAAUCGAUAA